UAGAGGUAGGGCUAGUUUAACUUGAUCAACCUACUUCAAAAACAGAUCGCGUUACGGUUACAUCACUUAGGUUUUUGUGUGACCUACUUCGAAAAUAACGACCCUAAAGUAAAGUACCAACUCUUUCUUGGCCACUUAGCAGAUUCGGCUCUAACAGUCAGUGUGAUGCACUGGCUUUCCAAGUUAAAACAACAGAGACAGUUUUAAGGAUUUAGCAAAUUUGGUUUAACCGUAAUUGUCAAGUCGCGUAGUUCCAUCGAUCAUUCUAAUGUUGUUUGUCUGUCGCUACUGUACGUCACGGGCUUUGGCCUAGCUGAAGUAGCUACCUCAGAAAACUUUUUACACAGAAGCAAAGAUGUCGUGUCCGUGCACUUCAGCCGCCAGGUUGUUCCUUAACACUGCUCACAGAGGUUUGUCAUGUUCCAGAAUCCAACUGUUUUCCCUGAGUCGCCAGGGGUCGCGGGAGGCUCAUUUUCAUCCUCGGAUACAUGUGAGAUCGUUUUCAGAGACUGCUGUCUGUUAUGCGGCUAAAGAUGGAACACCCAGAGAUGGUGGGAAUGAUAGUGGAAAGAAAAGUGUUAGUGAGGGUAAAAGACUUUCUGGAUCUGGAGGAUCAGGCAAAGGUGGAGGCCAGCUGCGCUGCCCUAAAUGUGGAGACCCUUGCACACAUGUAGAGACCUUUGUAUCUUCAACAAGAUUUGUCAAAUGUGAGAAAUGUCAUCACUUUUUUGUGGUCUUGUCUGAAACGGACUCCAAGAAAGGGUUAAACAAAGAGGCAGAAUCCGCUGCAGAGGCGGUAAAACUGGCAUUUGCACAGAAACCUCCUCCUCCACCCAAAAAGAUUUAUGCCUAUCUGGACAAGUAUGUUGUUGGCCAGUCUUAUGCAAAAAAAGUCUUGGCAGUGGCAGUUUACAAUCACUACAAGCGAAUCUACAACAACAUCCCCGCUGGGAAUCGACAGCAGGUGGAGGUGGAAAAGCAGCCUUCUCUAACACCUCGAGAGCUAGAGAUGAGAAGACGAGAGGAUGAGUACAGAUUCACAAAACUGUUGCAGAUCGCAGGGAUCAGUCCUCAUGGAAACGCUCUCGGGGCAUCCAUGCAGCAGCAGGCGAGCCAGCAGGCACCUCAGGAGAAGAGAGGCGGGGAAGUCUUGGACUCCACACACACUGACAUUAAACUGGAGAAGAGCAACAUAAUACUUCUUGGACCAACUGGCUCAGGAAAAACUCUGCUGGCGCAGACGCUGGCACGUUGUCUGGAUGUUCCGUUUGCCAUUUGUGAUUGCACCACUCUCACUCAAGCUGGAUAUGUGGGCGAAGACAUCGAGUCUGUCAUCGCAAAACUGCUGCAAGAUGCCAACUACUCAGUUGAAAAAGCUCAGCAAGGUAUCGUUUUCCUGGAUGAAGUUGAUAAGAUUGGCAGCGUGCCUGGAAUCCAUCAGCUAAGAGACGUGGGGGGGGAGGGAGUCCAGCAGGGUUUGCUGAAACUCUUGGAGGGCACAAUUGUCAACGUUCCUGAGAAAAACUCAAGAAAGUUACGAGGUGAAACGGUGCAAGUGGACACAACCAACAUUUUGUUUGUUGCAUCGGGUGCUUUUAACGGCCUUGACAGGAUCAUCAGCAGAAGAAAAAAUGAAAAGUACUUGGGUUUCGGAACUCCUUCUAACAUGGGGAAGGGGCGGCGUGCAGCCGCUGCAGCAGACCUGGCCAACAGCAGCGGUGAGACGGACACUGUCGCCGAGAUCGAGGAGAAAGACAGGCUGCUGAAGCACGUGGAAGCCAGGGACCUGAUCGAGUUUGGAAUGAUCCCAGAAUUUGUUGGGCGUCUUCCUGUUGUUGUUCCUCUGCACAGCCUGGACGAAGACACGCUGGUCCGCAUCCUGACUGAACCGCGCAAUGCAGUGGUGCCUCAGUACCAAGCUCUGUUCAGCAUGGACAAAUGUGAACUCAAUGUUACCCAGGAUGCCUUGAGAGCUAUUGCCAGACUGGCACUGGAGAGGAAAACUGGAGCCCGUGGGCUCAGAUCAAUCAUGGAAAAACUCCUCCUCGAACCCAUGUUUGAAGUGCCGCAGUCAGACGUCAUAGCUGUUGAACUGGACAAAGAUGUCGUCCAAGGAAAAUCCACCCCCAGAUACAUCAGAGCCACAGCCAAAGAACCGUCAGAGGAAGAUUACGACUCGGGCAUUGAGGAAGAGAGCUGGCCUCGCCAAGCAGAUGCCGCAAACAACUGAACCACGUGUCUCGUUUUAGCAGAGGGCUGCAGCAGCUGAAGUUUUUCAGAUUCCGUGCUUGGGAUCAGCUCUUCUGUCAUCAAACGAACUGGACGACUGAGAGGAGGGUUUUUCUGGAAAAGAGUAACCUUUGGUCCCUUUGCGUCAUGAAAAUCCUCCAGUGGUGCACUCACUGUGGACCUUUGCAAAAUAUUUCAAUCUCUGAGGAUUGUUAACAUUUUAUCUAUAUAAAGAUAAUACAAUUUUAUUCAGAAAAUGAUUUGUAGCUAGAUUGUUUUCUCUUUGUGGUGACGGGCUAAAAUGGCAAGGGAAACAAAAAAAUAAAGACAAACGACGGGAUCAUACUGUACACUUGAAAAGAUGGGGUUGUUGAAAAGUGUAGAUGUGUGAUAUAAGCAGGUGAAGAAACGCCUUAUGUUUUAAGGGCAUAAUAUUCCACGAGCACAUCAGUAUUGUAACGUUUCCUUUCUUUAACACCGUUGUAAUAAUGGUGCUCAAAAUGAACUCGGUUGUAAACGUUUAGCUACUCUGCACAAGUAGGUAGCAUUUGUAGGCAGUUUGUAUGACCUCUAAUUAUGAGAGGUUUUUUUAUGUAUAAAUAAAACAUGCCAGCAAAGAAACGCAGCAAGUGAGAAUUAUUAGCGACCUUUUAAACAACCAGAAUAUUUCUUGAACAAUUUGAGUUUCUUCUUUUAACACACUCUGCAAGAAUGUGUUGAAUGCAGACCUUUGUAUUGCAGGAGGGCACCAAAAUCUUGCUUAAAAAGCAACAAAUAAUGUUAGCUGUGUAGCUUUAAAGUGAUUAUAAAAUAUCUUUAUAUAUCUAUAAAUAUCUAUAUAGUUGCUGUGCUUUACUGUUAAUAAUUGAAUUGGGUCUCUAAAAUAGAUGUUGAAAUAGUUCCAGGCUCUAAUGAUUAGUUCCGCGAUCCUUUGUUUCAAACUUUCCUUGUGCAGAACAGCUCAUUUCUUUGGUCGUUAGAAUAUCUCUUUACCUUUUAUCAGUGUCUUUAAAUAACACACUGCAUACGACUACACCCGAUAACUUUCAUGUGUCAGUCACCCUGCUGUACUCACCAAAAUUGUGGUGUGUUCAUAAAAUGAUGUUAAACUACAUUCAUAUUUUUUCCCCAGGAAGUUUCAAACUGCCUUUUUCAGAGGUCUGUUACAAAAGCUACACCCCCACCCCCCUAAUGCUUGUAAAUUUCACACUUCUUGUGAUUGUUAAAUAAUAUAAAUAAAAUAUAAAUCUGUA